AUGCCGUCCACCAACCAGGACAACCCAAGUCCCUCUGCGUCUUCUAUCUUCCUCCCUCUAGGCCGCAGGGCUCGACGAGAUUCGAAGGCAUCCCUUGCUCAUGAUCUGGACCAAGGCGCUCUCAACGACGCUCUCGAUACAAUCCAUACAGCCGCCUCUCAGUCAAACAAUCUUACUGUCUUUAACGAGUACACCGACCCACCCUCCGGCGCGUCUGUGACGGAGAACAGAACUCUCGCUAGUGAUAUACAGGGUGGCCUCUCGGGACUCUACAACAAAAUAAAAGCCUCUGUAGCAGGUCCGAAAGAUCUAGAAAAUGAUGGACCUUCUAUCGCACCUUCAACCCAGAUUGUGGUCGACGAUCGCCUCAGCUCUAAGCCCAGUUCAGGACUGACCUCCAAGGUCCACUCGCCGCGCUUGAAUGCUUUUGACUCUCCUGUCGCUAUCGACCCACCAUCCAUGCAAUCCUCAAUGCAUUCCAAGCUCUCCUCCAAAGCCACGAGUACGACCAAAGUAUCACUGCCAACAACCCCAGCUUUGAGGUCCCCGACUGGACCACCAACCCAUUCUUCAUAUGCCCUUGAUCCUGCGGUUACUGAAGUCAGCAUUCAUGCUCUAGGAUCGGGCAACCACUCGAGAACUGGCUCCGGGUUUGACAUAGACUCACCAACCCAUGAUCACCCGUUGUCACAUGCUGGAGAUGGCGAGACCUUGCGGAGGGUGUUAUCCAAGACAGCCAAUGACAGUAUUGUUUCCGAGCGUGCUGGUCGAGUCCUCACCUCUCCAAGAUUGUCAGCCAUCCAAAGGCCCAGUGUUCGCAUCAUUGCAGGCUCGCACGAACGUGCACUGUCUGCCGCGUCGAUCCAGAGCAACACGAGCCAGGCAGACACUGUGACAAGUCCUUCCGCUCACCCAAUCUCACUCAAUGAUAAGAAUUUUUCACGGGUUAUAUCCCAUCGACAGGACAUCGCUCAAGCACUCAAGCACCAUCCCAGCCCUUUGGAUCUUCUGGCAGAAAAUGCUGGCCACCCUUCGAGGACUACCUCUGGGGCGAACCCCAAAACUCCUGAUAGUUCUGGUCUGAGAUCUCCUGGCCUGUCUAGCCUAGACCAAAGACCAGUCGACAGGCUUCCACCCAAGAUUAGUCAAUCGAGACUGCCAGGCUUUCGUGCAGCACGAACGUCCUCUCCCGAUUCGUCAACUAUGUCUGCGCCUCUGUCCAGUACGAUUGCUGACAGACCGGCCGAUAACAAGAAGAACGCCCAUGCCUCCAGCGAAUUCCAACCGAGACCAAUCAACAAACUGCGGAGUAAGCUAUUGAGCAAGGAAUUCUGGAUGCGAGAUGAGAACGCAAAGGAUUGUUUUCAUUGCGGAGAACCGUUCACCACUUUCCGCCGCAAACACCACUGUCGUACGUGUGGACAGAUCUUCGACAACAAAUGUACUGUACUAAUAAGUGGAAGCCAUUUUGGAUCAAAUAGUGCAGUACGUGUUUGUAAGCCAUGCGAGUCAAUCAUAACUUUCCACGAUGACGACUCUUCAGACUAUUCAAUGGAAGAUUUCACCUUGACUGAUACGGCUUCGAGACCAAAGACCCCGGAGCGUUUGCCUGUGAACCGCUCCCUUGCACGAUUUGAUGAUGACAACGUUUCAGUGACUUCUCAGUCUCUCGAACAGAUGGCGAAGACUCCAACCAUGAGUUUCCCUGUGCGAAGAGCUUUCGAAGGUGCCGACCGUACUUCGGCAGUCCUUGAAUUUGACACAACUGACCGUCCGCUGGCUCGGCCAAGUUCGUCUCGAUCAUUGAAGGCGAGCCACUCGAUAGGCCAUGGACAUAAGCGCCACCCUUCACGACAUCAACAUAUUCGAAACUUCAAAGCAUAUCAUGAAGAUAGGGUUCCUUUCCAGCGACGAACUGUUGAAGAUGGACUCAAGGGGAUGAAAACUUCUGCUUUUCAUCGGGACAGCAUCAUCGAUCCUGAUCUUGCACAAUACUUAUCCGACGACCCAUCCAGUGAUGAUGAGCAAUCUCUUAGCAGCAUGAAUCAGGAUUUACUUUCUCGGAGUGGCCCCGACAGCGACAGGACAGCCAUUGGUGGCCUCCUGGCGGCCGUCAGGAAAGGACGCUCUCGGAUCGGCGACCGCAGCAUCGCCGGAUUCUUGAAUCUAGCACGCGAAACCGACGAUGCAAGUGUCGCGAGCUCGCGAGGCCUCGAUCUAUUGAGGCCACCUCGCAAACGAAAUCUUAGUGUGUCGAGCAGUAUUCAUCAGCGCAGUACCCCUAGGAAUACACGAGAAAGACUGCAAAUUAUUGUACCCGGUAGCCAAGAAGACAGAAAUGAUGGUUUAGGUGAUACUCCUGGAUUUCCCCGAGGGGCCUCUAGAAUGAUUCGAAGCGCAUCAAUGCGCGGAAUUGCUGCACCAGCCAUGGAACUCAAUCGUGCCAGCAUCCAACAUGUCCAUAAGCUGUUACAACAACUACUCAAAGAUUCCAGCAUCCCAAAGCUCUCGAGCUGGGAGGACGCUCUUAUUCCGAUCCUUCUGAGGGCAACUGAUGAUGUUGAUCCGGAUGUUCAGGGUGGGGACGACAUAGAUAUACGCAAUUAUGUGAAGCUGAAAAAGAUACCCGGUGGAAAACCCGGUGACACUGCGUAUAUAUCUGGUCUGGUCUUCACCAAGAAUGUUGCUCUCAAAAGUAUGGCACGGUAUCAUGCCAAUCCGAAGAUUCUGAUCAUUACUUUUGCGCUCGAAUAUGCAAGACAUGAGCAACACUUCAUGAGCUUAGAUCCUGUCAUUAGACAGGAACGAGAAUACUUGGAGAAUCUGGUUGGUAGAAUCGCAACUCUUAAACCGGAUGUUCUUUUAGCACAGCGCAAUGUUUCUGGUCUGGCGCUCGAGCUUCUCGAAAAGGCGCGAAUCACUACAAUCUUCAAUGUCAAAUCAUCUGUGCUAGAUGCGGUAUCUCGAUGUACUCAAGCUCGCGUGGCACACUCCAUGGACAAACUCACUCAGCCGGGGUCUCUGGGUAGCUGUGACUCUUUCGAAAUAAAAACUUUCGUUGCUGAUGGACGGAGGAAGACAUAUGUCUACCUUUCGGGGUGCCCACCACAACUAGGGUGCACUGUUGUCCUUAGAGGCGCCGAUCGACAAACUUUGGCGAAGAUAAAACGAGUGACUGAAUUUAUGGUCUAUGUCGUUUACAACCUGAAACUUGAGACAUGCUUGAUGAGAGACGAGUGGGCAUUGAUUCCCAGCACCCUCACAGACAAGGAUUCUGACAAUAAUCGUUACAAAACGGAUGCCAAAGACAAAGGACUCGAAAGGAGCACCGAGAGGAAGUCAAACACGGAAUUGCUCUCAGAAGUACCGACAGAUGUCGAAGGUCAACGCAAACCAACUUCAGACAUAUCUAAGACGGAUGUAGCCUCCACUGGCAAGGACGAGAUACCUGCUCCUGCAGUCAGAACGAAUAGCACUGAUUUAGUCCAUAUUCCAGACGACAUCCCGGUGCCAAUGUUUUAUGAAGACCUUGUCCUUAAGCACGAAACAAGAAUACUGUCCGCCUCACCUUUUGUGAAAUUCAUGCAACCCUACCUGUUGAUGCGCGCAAGGGAAUUGGAACGGCGAGUUGCUUAUCUCAAGCGACUCCGAGACCAGGACCUGAGCGCCGAACAAGGCAUGGAAGACAAAGGAAAAGUCAAUAAAUUUACACUGAUUCAACCCGAGAUGGUUCAUCGUCCACUCGCUGGUGCAAGCAAAAAGGUUCGCGAAAUCAUCCACGCAGUUCAUGAUGCGGAGUAUGACAAAGCCGCAUACAAUUAUGAAACUCAGAAAAAGCAGUGGGAGACUUAUCUGUCUGGGAAUCGUAAUCUGUUUGAUCCAUUCGCUCAUCAGAACAUUGUGGUUUUGUUCAGCCAAGUGUCUACCGAAACUUCUGUUCCCUGUUCUGGCCCAGAUCUUCUGGCCUUUAGCUUCUACAAUGAACACGAGAUCGAGGCUGAGUUUGAAGCAGACUGUACCUUAGGCCAAUAUGUGGAAGACUUGUGUCUUCGGGCAGAUGAGGUAUGUCAAUCAGAUGCAUGCGAAAAGAAGAUGCACGAGCACCAUCGUCAGUAUGUACAUGGGGAGGCGCAACUCACAGUCUUUGUUCAGCCAUAUCCUGCUAAGAUGCGUGGCUACCAAGAUGUCAUACUCAUGUGGAGCCAAUGUAAAAUUUGUGGAAUCGAAACCACAGUCACGCCCAUGUCCUCCAGCUCGUGGAAAUACUCUUUUGGAAAAUAUCUCGAGUUGUCAUUUUGGAGUUCCGACCUUCACGCUCGUGCUGGUAUAUGUCCUCACGAUUUACAUCGGGAUCAUCUUAGGUAUUUCGGCUACAAAGAUUUCGCUCUUCGAGUCCAUUAUGAUCCCGUGGACCUUCUUGAAAUCAUUGUUCCAAGGAUGAGGAUCACAUGGAAGGUGGACAAUGAUCUCAAAUUCCGCAAUGAAGUAUAUACCCGUAUGGAGCAUCGGAUCACACGAUUCAUGUUGUCUGUGAAAGCUCGUCUGAAGAGCAUUAACGUUGAUACUGUUCUACUCGAAACUGCCGACGCAUGUCGGACAGAAAUUGAGCGAUUGACAAAGAGAGCUAGCGAGGAGCAUUCAAGCUUGAUCAAACAACUUCAAGACAGCUAUACAAAUUCAAGAUAUUGGGAAACGAUACCACUCAAUGGCAUUGUACGCAUCACUCAAGAAAAAGUUGCCGAAUGGGAUACUGCCUUUGCAGACUUCGAGAAAGAUUUUUUCCCAUCAGAAAAAGAUAUUCGGCGGCUGGCUACUUUGCAGCUCAAGAAGAUUUUCCUUGAUCGUGACGUGUCGGUUACCUCACUUACGUCAAACGAAGAAGGUACCACUACCCCUCCAACGGAGGAGAUUAUGGAUGAGAAAGACACCUCUGUCGGGAUGCACAUGGGAAUCUCGGAGCUACAAAACGGCACAAAACUAUCUCCCGAAAAGACGCAGAACGUCCUACAGUCUGUGGUGGAAGAGCACUCCCUGCCCUCCAAUUCAGAUGUCAAGUCAGACACGCCUUUUGAAGUCAGCAAAUCUGAUGUGCAAGCUUUGCCAUCCGUUGUAGAAGGGCCAUUGAACGUUGAGGAGGUCAAGCAUCUCGACCUCGCCCUGCCUCCGGCAACACACCGAACAUCCUUGACUGAACCUGAUAUCGGUGUCCCAGGUCUUGUUGCGCUUAGUCCGAGUGACCUUUCAAUCCAAAGACCGAGCGUUGAUGAGACUAUACCACCUUCAUUGAGCCUAGAUCCCGGGGAACAAAAGGCAAUGGCCAGUCCCAAACCAACCCCGAAUGAUCAAUUACUUGUGUCCCCCUCCUCAAGUAAGGGAGAAUCCCUCAGCCCUAAAACAAGCCGAAAGAGCAACGAUGGACAUUCAAUGUCACCAAGCCUCGCUCGAGCUCACUCUCAACCUGCUGGAUCUGUGGCACUCCGAGCAAGUGGUCAUGCCAACUCGAGCACGUUAUCUGCGAUCAGUGCCAUGAACGGAUUCGCCACUAGUCAAGGCAUGCAGAGUCCCAUAACAGCAGGCUUAGUCAGUGAUUCCGGACUAGUAGCACCCGAGAAGAAAUUAUCUGAACGGCUCGGGCUGAGCCAAUUGAAGAAAAACACAUUCGGAAAAGGGCAUUCGUUGAUCCCACGAGCCAUUUCGAACCGCAAAGAAUCGCGAGUCUCCAACCUCGCCAAGCACUUCGAACAAUUGAGUAGGGAGUUCGAAAGAGAGCGUGUUAGAGAAAGGAGAUUGCGCACCGCUAGAAGCCGGCAAUCACGAUAUCCUCUGGCCGUCUCAAAACCGAUUGUUGAAGUCUACAAAGACGUGGAUGAGGCGGUCGAUGAGAAAGGGGAUACAGAUGACGUCUUUGGAAACGAUGGGCCCCCGUCAGAUCAUCCUGUGCAGCCUGCACACACAACGCAAGACAUGGCAGAUGCUGCUAUUGCAGAAGACAGAGUCGUGGGUCUGCAAAUCGAGGACAUCCACGCAGAUGUUACGGAAAAUGAAACGGAAAUUCAGCCGUCGAGCCAUGCACCUUCCGAGGCCGAGGAUCGAAGUGAUGUAGACGAUGUAUCUGAAGAGAUCGACUUGCCUGGUUCCCCUGAGGAUUUCAUGCGGACGUCACAAGAAGAUAUGGAUUUAAAAGAGCUCCCAAAGCACGAACGCACAUCGUUGAUGAAGAUGUUGACCAAUUUCUGGGCCGAACGCUCUUCCAGUGGAUGGACAACUCUCGAGUACCCCCUUGCAGCUUCCGAACACAUUUUCGCAGACUGUGACAUCAUCGUUAGAGAAGACGAACCGAGCUCGAUCAUUGCGUUUGCAUUAGAUUCCCAAGAUUACAAGACCAUGCUACAGGAUCUCCAAAAUCGAUCAAAUAAUGAUUGUGAUGUUAUGGAAAUCAGUGGGCAUGACCAUUCUGAUGAGCUGCAAACGGACGUCAUGCAUUCCCUCCUCCGGAAGACGGGCACUCAUCUGAAAUAUCAGUUUCAAGAAGGACCCGCGAAAAUGCUUUGCAAAGUCUUCUUCGCGGAGCAGUUUGACGCUGUGCGCAGAAAGUGUGGGGUGGCCGAUCGUAUCAUUGAAUCCUUGUCCAGGUGUCUCAAAUGGGACUCCAAAGGAGGAAAGACCAAGUCUGUUUUCCUGAAAACAUUGGACGAGCGAUUUAUCCUCAAGUCGCUUUCUCCAGUCGAGACACAGUCGUUUCUCAAAUUUGCACCCAACUAUUUCCAAAUCAUGUCGGAAGCCUUUUUCCAUGAAUUGCCAUCAGUGAUUGCGAAAAUGCUAGGGUUCUACCAAAUUAUCAUUAAGAACCCAGUGACAGGUGUGGAAUAUAACUGGUUCCUCCUCCUAAUGGAAAAUCUGUUCUACGAUCGGGUGCCGACUCGUAUCUUCGAUCUGAAAGGGAGCAUGAGAAAUCGCAAGAUCAAUGCCACUGGAGAAAAGAACGAAGUCCUCCUCGACGAAAAUAUGGUGGAAUUCAUAUAUGAAUCACCAUUGUUUGCUCGGGAGCACAGUAAGAAACUUCUCCGCUCAUCCGUUCACAACGACACUCUGUUCUUGGCUCGUCAGAACGUCAUGGACUACAGUCUGAUGGUAGCAAUCGAUGAGAAUCGCAAGGAACUAGUCGUCGGCAUCAUCGAUUGUAUCCGGACGUACACUUGGGACAAGAAACUAGAGAGUUGGAUCAAAGAUCGAGGAUUUGCACGUGGAGGCAAGAACCGGCCUACAGUGACGAGUCCGAAAGAAUAUAAGCGGAGAUUCAGAGAGGCCAUGAAUCGAUAUGUGCUCGAGGCGCCUAACUGCUGGCAUCAAUUCAAACCAGUCAAACUCGAGCGCAAGGUACUCAAAAUCGAGGGUGGAGACAAGGAUGGGGAUAAGGGUGAGAAUGAGGUGCAGAUCUUAUAG